CAAAACGGACAGGGAAAGGAGAGCCCAGAGCUCGAAGGAGACUGGAAAACCCCGCCCCCGCCCCCAAUCUUGAGGUGGGGAUUUUGCAACAUAAGCCAAAGCCCUACACUUGGCGGGGGGCGGUCCCAGCCCUUGGUCAAGGAGAGAUAUUCGAGGGAGCGGGAGUAAAGACGCCUUCUAACCCGGUCCCUAAGGCCCAGAAAGGGUCCACCCCGCGCCCACGGCGGAGCCCGCCCCUGCCCCCCCUCCCGACCCCCCAGCCCGUGCGCCGCUGCCCCUUUAAGAAGCCCAGGUAGGCAGGCCCGGCUGCGGGAGCCGCUCCUAUGGCAACCCGCGAGCUGCGGCGGCUUCAUGAAUAUUCCGGGGCGCGGGAGCCCAAGAGCUGCCGGAGGGCGCUCCGGGGGAGGCGGCCGCUGAUGUAAGCCCGGCGGGCCCCUGGGCUCCGCUCGGCUGCGGCGGGAGCCCCGGCACCGGCCGGCCCAGCUCAGUCAAGGAGGAGAGGCUAGCUGGCGAGGCACCUGCCACAGAGCCCCGGCGGCGAGACAGACUGACACCCCGCUAGCCCGCGGGACGCUUGCCGGGGAGGCGCAAGAGCAGCGCGCUCUGCGCUCUGGAGCGGUCCCUGGAGCACCGCGACCGCAGCACCGCUUCUGCCCGCGCCCAUUGUUCCCCGCGGGGGCGGGGCGCCUGGAGCCGGGCCGCGCGCCGCGCCCCUGAACGCGGGAGGGAGGAAUAGGGAGGGAGCGCGGGGUCCCCGCGCCCAGCCGGGCCUGGGAGGAGGCGCAGCGCGGCGAGCCGGGGGACCCGGAGCCGGACUGGGAGCCACCCCGUGGCGCGCAGCCUGCCCGAGUAUGGGUUCCUGAGGCAGCCCCGCGCUGGCGGCGAAGGACGCGUCCCCACAGGCGGACUGACAGGCGGGCGGACCUGGAGCCAGUCCCCAGCUCCGCACCCGCACCACUAUCCCCGGCCGGGUCCCGGCUCCCGGCACCAUGGACAAGCUGCCGCCGUCCAUGCGUAAGCGGCUCUACAGCCUCCCGCAGCAGGUGGGGGCCAAGGCGUGGAUCAUGGACGAGGAAGAGGACGCAGAGGAGGAGGGUGCCGGGGGCCGCCAAGAUCCCAGCCGCAGGAGCAUCCGACUGCGUCCCCUGCCCUCGCCCUCGCCCUCGCCCUCGCCCUCGGCAGCUGCGGGCAGCACGGAGUCUCGGGGUGCGGCCCUCGGGGCGGCGGACAACGAGGGGCCGGCCCGCAGCGCGGGCAAGUCCAGUACGAACGGAGACUGCAGGCGCUUCCGCGGGAGCCUGGCCUCGCUGGGCAGCCGGGGCGGCGGCAGCGGUGGAGUAGGGAGCGGCAGCAGUCAUGGGCACCUGCAUGACUCCGCGGAGGAGCGGCGGCUCAUCGCGGAGGGCGACGCGUCCCCCGGCGAGGACAAGACGCCCCCAGGCCUGGCGGCCGAGCCCGAGCGCCCCGGUGCCGCGGCGCAGCCCGCAGCCUCGCCACCGCCGCCCCAGCAGCCGCCUCAGCCGGCCUCCACCUCCGGCGAGCAGCCCUCCACGGACACUGCUAUCAAAGUGGAGGGAGGCGCGGCCGCGAGCGACCAGAUCCUCCCUGAGGCGGAGGUGCGCCUGGGCCAGGCCGGCUUCAUGCAGCGCCAGUUCGGGGCCAUGCUUCAACCCGGGGUCAAUAAAUUCUCGCUGAGGAUGUUCGGCAGCCAGAAAGCCGUGGAGCGCGAGCAGGAGAGGGUUAAGUCAGCCGGGUUUUGGAUUAUCCACCCCUACAGCGACUUCAGAUUUUACUGGGAUCUGACCAUGCUGCUGCUGAUGGUGGGAAACCUGAUCAUCAUUCCUGUUGGCAUCACCUUCUUCAAGGAUGAGAACACCACACCGUGGAUCGUCUUCAACGUGGUAUCAGACACAUUCUUCCUGAUCGAUUUGGUCCUCAACUUCCGCACAGGGAUUGUGGUGGAGGACAACACAGAGAUCAUUCUGGACCCGCAACGGAUAAAGAUGAAGUACCUAAAAAGCUGGUUUGUGGUGGAUUUCAUCUCCUCCAUUCCUGUGGACUACAUCUUCCUCAUUGUGGAGACACGCAUUGACUCAGAGGUCUACAAGACUGCUCGGGCCCUGCGAAUCGUCCGAUUCACCAAGAUCCUCAGCCUCCUGCGCCUCUUGCGUCUCUCCCGCCUCAUUCGAUAUAUUCACCAGUGGGAAGAGAUCUUCCACAUGACCUACGACCUGGCCAGCGCCGUGGUGCGCAUUGUGAACCUCAUCGGCAUGAUGCUCCUGCUCUGCCACUGGGACGGCUGCCUGCAGUUCCUGGUGCCCAUGCUGCAGGACUUUCCCGACGACUGCUGGGUGUCCAUCAACCACAUGGUGAACAACUCGUGGGGGAAGCAGUACUCAUAUGCCCUCUUCAAGGCCAUGAGCCACAUGCUGUGCAUUGGAUAUGGACGGCAGGCGCCCGUGGGCAUGUCUGACGUCUGGCUCACCAUGCUCAGCAUGAUUGUGGGUGCCACCUGCUACGCCAUGUUCAUCGGCCACGCCACUGCUCUCAUCCAGUCCCUGGACUCCUCCCGGCGCCAGUACCAGGAGAAGUAUAAGCAGGUGGAGCAGUACAUGUCCUUCCACAAGCUCCCGCCCGACACCCGGCAGCGCAUCCAUGACUACUAUGAGCACCGCUACCAGGGCAAGAUGUUCGAUGAAGAGAGCAUCCUGGGCGAGCUGAGUGAGCCACUGCGGGAGGAGAUCAUCAACUUUAACUGCCGGAAACUGGUAGCCUCUAUGCCACUGUUUGCCAACGCAGACCCCAACUUUGUGACCUCCAUGCUGACCAAGCUCCGCUUUGAGGUCUUCCAGCCAGGGGAUUACAUCAUCCGUGAGGGCACCAUUGGCAAGAAGAUGUACUUCAUCCAGCAUGGCGUGGUCAGUGUGCUCACCAAGGGCAACAAGGAGACCAAGCUGGCUGAUGGCUCCUAUUUUGGAGAGAUCUGCUUGCUGACCCGGGGCCGGCGUACAGCCAGUGUGAGGGCCGACACCUACUGCCGCCUCUACUCACUGAGUGUGGACAACUUCAAUGAGGUGCUGGAGGAGUACCCCAUGAUGCGGAGGGCCUUCGAGACUGUGGCGUUGGACCGCUUGGACCGUAUUGGCAAGAAGAACUCCAUCCUCCUGCACAAGGUCCAGCAUGACCUCAACUCGGGCGUCUUCAACUACCAGGAGAAUGAGAUCAUCCAGCAGAUCGUGCAACAUGACCGUGAAAUGGCCCACUGUGCGCACCGUGUCCAGGCCGGCGCCUCUGCCACCCCAACCCCCACGCCUGUCAUCUGGACCCCGCUGAUCCAGGCGCCACUGCAGGCUGCCGCUGCCACCACUUCUGUGGCCAUAGCUCUCACCCACCACCCUCGCCUGCCUGCUGCCAUCUUCCGUCCUCCCCCAGGACCCGGGCUGGGCAACCUCGGGGCUGGGCAGACGCCAAGGCACCUGAAGCGCCUGCAGUCCCUGAUCCCUUCUGCUCUGGGCUCCGCCUCACCUGCCAGCAGCCCAUCCCAGGUGGACACGCCAUCUUCAUCUUCCUUCCACAUCCAACAGCUGGCUGGAUUCUCUGCACCCGCUGGACUGAGCCCUCUCCUGCCCUCGUCCAGCUCGUCCCCUCCGCCAGGGGCCUGUGGCUCCCCACCAGCCCCCACACCAUCCACUGCUGCUGCCGCCUCCACCACGGCCGGGUUUGGCCACUUCCACAAGGCUCUGGGUGGCUCCCUGUCUUCGUCCGACUCCCCGCUGCUCACCCCACUGCAGUCAGGGGCCCGUUCCCCGCAAGCUGCCCAGCCACCACCCCCACUGCCGGGGGCCCGGGGAGGCCUGGGACUCCUGGAGCACUUCCUGCCUCCUCCUCCCUCAUCCAGGUCCCCGUCAUCUAGCCCUGGGCAGCUGGGCCAGCCUCCCGGGGAUUUGUCCCCAGGUCUGGCCACUGGCCCACCAAGUACACCAGAGACACCCCCACGGCAGCCCGAGAGGCCAUCUUUCAUGGCAGGGGCCUCUGGAGGGGCUUCCCCUGUAGCCUUUACCCCCCGAGGAGGUCUUAGCCCCCCUGGCCAGAGCCCAGGCCCCCCAAGAACUUUCCCAAGUGCCCCACCCCGGGCCUCUGGCUCCCAUGGUUCCCUGCUGCUGCCACCCGCCUCCAGUCCCCCACCACCCCAGGUUCCUCAGCGCAGGGGCACACCACCCCUCACCCCAGGCCGCCUCACCCAGGACCUCAAGCUUAUCUCAGCCUCUCAGCCAGCCCUCCCCCAGGAUGGGGCACAGACUCUCCGCAGAGCGUCCCCGCACUCCUCAGGGGAGUCUGUGGCUGCCUUCCCGCUCUUCCCCAGGGCCGGGGGCAGCAGCGGGGGAAGCGGAAGCAGUGGAGGCCUUGGUCCUCCUGGGAGGCCACAUGGUGCCGUCCCUGGCCAGCAUGUCACUCUGCCUCGGAAGACAUCCUCAGGUUCUUUGCCACCCCCUCUUUCAUUGUUUGGGGCAAGAGCCACCUCUUCUGGGGGCCCCCCUCUGACUGCUGCACCCCAGAGGGAACCUGGGGCCAGGUCUGAGCCUGUGCGCUCCAAACUGCCAUCUAAUCUAUGAGCCGGGCCCCUCCCUCCCUCUCUUUUUUUCCUCCCUUCUUUUCUUCCUUCAGGUUUAACUGUGAUUAGGAGAUAUACCAAUAACAAUAAUAAUUAUCAUUUAAAAAAAAUCCCCCACACACACCCCAGAAAAACAAAAGACAGCAGAAAAUAACCAGGUAUUCUUAGAGCUAUAGAUUUUUGGUCACUUGCUUUUAUAGACUAUUUUAAUACUCAGCACUAGAGGGAAUGAGGGAGGGAGGGGGAGGGAGCGGGAGGGGAGCAGGCAAGGCCCAAAGGCAAAAGCCAGAGGAAGGCAGGUGGGUUCUCUGGGGUGGGGCAGGGAUGGCGGUGACCCAUGUCUGGGGUUCCUAGAGCAGACCUGUCAUUGUACUCAUUUUAGAACAAGAGCUACCAUCAGCCCCUUGGCUGUGAACUUGGAGCCCCACUCUGUUGGGGGUCGUCAUAUUCCCCCAGGAAGGGGCUGUCCUUGGGUGUGUUCCUGGGGAGGCUCAGACACUUGAGUCCUUGGGACAAAUCGGGGCCGGGGCCCCAAGGGCCUUGCAUUUUUUUCUACUGUUAUCGUAGCAAGAUAUGUAUAUGAAUAUGUAUAUGUAUAUGUAUGUAAGAUGUGUAUAUGUAUAGCUAUGUAGCGCUCUGUAGAGCCAUGUAGAUAGCCACUCACAUGUGUGCACACAUGUGUGCAAUCUAGUUUAACCCUAUGUUGCCAGGACACCCAGGUCACCUUACAUCCAGCAAUCCGCCGUGGCCCGCAGGCUGGGCACCGCGGGGUCUGGGGAUGUACUCUCUCCAGUCCUCAGGGAAGAGGACCCCCAGGACCUCGCAGCAGACCCUUCUUUCCCCAUCUCUGGGCCCAAAUCCAGUCCUAGCCUGACCUCUCACCACUGGGAAGCAGAAGACUUGGGGCUGAACCUCGCCCUUCCCAGGGCCUCAAGCACAC